AUGUCGGCAAAAAGGCGCACGUUAGAGUUAGGCAAUGUCCUGGUGGUUGGAGGCUGCGGCUUCCUGGGGUGGCACAUUGUCGAUCACCUGCUGAAUUUCCCCUCCGAGACCGACCCCAGCUACGCUCUGCCGAAGCCCGUCGGCGAUGCACGCUUCGAGUACCCAACUCUGGGAUCACGCUACCCGGAUUACCACUCGACUGUCUCUGUUGUUGACUUGCGCACCACCAACAACCGUCUUCCCGGCGCUAAGUAUUACGAUGGUGACAUCACCUCCGUCGACUCCAUGUUGGAGGUUUUCCGCGCCGUCAAGCCUGAUCUUGUUAUUCACACUGCGUCACCCUCCAUGAUUGAGGGUAACAAGCCCUUGUUGCACAAGGUUAAUGUGGAGGGAACACGGACACUCCUUGAGGUCGCUGGUGGCGAGCAUGGCGAUUGGGGUGGUAAGUGCAAGGCGUUUGUCUACACUAGCUCCAGCUCUGUGGUUCACGACACCCAAAGUGAUCUGAAGAAUGUCAAUGAGGAAUGGCCAUACAUCCGGGGGCCUGCGCAGAAGGAGUAUUACUCCGAGACUAAGGCCGAUGCCGAGGAACUCGUUCUGAAGUACAACAAGAAGUCCCCCAACGAGAUGUUGACAGCCGCUAUCCGCCCGGCCGGAAUCCAUGGAGAGAAGGAUACGACAGUCACACACAAGAUCCUGGAGCACGGAUCCCAGGCCUCUGACAGAGUGCUACGGAUGCAGCUCGGUGAGAACGACAACCUGUUCGAUUUCACCUACGUCGGCAAUGUGGCUUAUGGCCACCUGCUUGCUGCGCACAGGCUUCUCGCGAGCUAUGACCUUCGCGUGGACGGCGAGGCUUUCAACAUCACCAAUGAUUCCCCCGUCUAUUUCUGGGAUGUUACUCGUGCUAUGUGGGCGCUGAUCAACCGUGUCGUUGAGCCGGAACAAGUCUGGGCUCUGCCUGAGGGUCUCCUCGAGACCGUUGGUGGUAUUGCUGAGACUGUCAUGGGAUUGUUUGGCAAGACUCCGCGUCUCACUGCCCGGACAGUGCGAUACUCAUGCAUGACUCGCUACUACUCGACUGAGAAGGCCAAGCGCCGCCUGGCUUACUUGCCUGUUGUGCCCUUGGAUGAAGGAAUUGCCCGUGCUGUUGGAUACAUUGUUGCCCGAAAGCAAACGGACGCAGGAAAAGAGGAAUUGUAA